AUGGGUGCAUCAUUCGUUCAAGAAUAUCCUAAACUUGAGAAACAUCUCCUAGAUGGAUUGGCACAUAGUAUUACUUAUAGAUAUAUUGAUUAUCUGGUCUUGUUUGAUGGCCUCACGAGCUCCUUCAAGUUGGCAAAUCAGCCAUUGCCCUCAUCAUUGGUCAAAGGAUUAGAGUCAUUAUCUUUGUACAACUUCAAAAACAUUGCCCAAAAAGUCCACUUUGAUGGGAUCGCCAGAGGCAUGCUUGGUGUAUUCGAGGAGACCAAGGACACCAGAUUCAUUCAAUUCUUCUUCUCAUCUUUAAUUCGACACAAGACAGAGUGUACAGAUCUCAUCUCAAUGGCCAUUGACAUGUACUCAACGGAGCUCAAAUCAUUCCUGGCAAACCCAAUGCAAGAGAUACAAGCAAUGGUUGGCAAUUUUUCAAACAUAGAGUUGCUAGUCAAAUGUCAUCAACUGUCAAUGCUCAACGAUGUGCAGAUUGACACUAUAACUCGAUAUCUCAUUGAUACCAACGAUCCAAUGACGUUUGAUAGAAUUGUGCAUCCAAUUAGCAUGAUCUGUGCAAACCCAAGCCAAACAUGGAUACAACAUAUUGACAACAAGUUGUUUCCUGAAUCCAAUAGUUACAACUACCCACGGGUUUCAACCAAAUCAUUGGUACUUCAAUUGGUGCACUUUGGUCUCACUCUACCUUCGUUCCACUUGCUCAAAUAUUCUUAUUGCUACCAAGCCAGAUACAAGAAAUUCAAGCAUCUACUCUUUGGAGCCAUUCCUCAUGACCAUAUAUUCGAUGAACAACUCAAGUUGUUCAAAAAGUUCAAGCAGAACUCAUUCAAUCAUUCAAUCAUUGUUGAGGAUGACCAAGACAGCCAACAGAAUGGAACAGAGACUAUCCAUCCCACUCUCCCAUUGAUCAUUCUCAAUCAGAUCAUAAAACAUUGCCUAAAAGAUGAUAGUUAUGGUCAGCAAUGGUUCUGGGAGUUGUCGAGCGUUAGCAAACAUUUCCACAAGAUAUGUGCAUCUACACUCACCAAUCAAUCAUUACCAUGGAUCAAGAUACAUUCAUCACUGGAUUACAUUGGAUCACCUUUCUGUCUCUUCCAAGACACGCCUCUCUGCAUGCAUGCAUUCAAACUGAUUCACAUCCCCACCAAACAUUUGGCUCGCUGCCUUGAGCGCUUGGAACACCUUACAGUGCCAUUCAUCAAUGACAAUGGGUAUCAUCCCGCAUUUGUGGUGGUCAAGACACAACACCUCCAUCAUUUAGCCUUUGUACAAUAUAAGAAUGAUGAAGAUGAAUUCAAAGAUAUCGAUGGCCUCAGAUUGAUCAAGAAACAAGACAAUGAUCGAAAUGAAUAUGUAAAGUACUCCAAUGAAGUUGGUAAAUACAUCGAAGAUCCAUUGAAGUACAUGCAGCAAUUCUACUUUGACAACAACCCAGGGCUCCAAACUGUUGAGCAUACAUCAAACUUUAUCAUAUUGCCAGAGUUUGAUUAUGGUACAGCUGGUGUGAAGAUAUUAACAAGAACGGUUAGAUUGGAGGGCGAUAGAGAUUCUUCUGAUUUCGGUGACGAUUAUCAUGAACCUCUCACAGGCCUUCCUAUCUACUUGAGUAUUGAAGGUCUCCACUUUAGUCAAUAUACAGAGUCAUUGGUAUACUACAACAAUGUAUCCAAUCUUCAUCUCAACUGGAAACAUCCUCCUCCAAAAAUAGGCAGAGUCAUCCCCCAAGACCAGGGCUUUCCCCAACUUCAAGAUCUUCAACAACUUCAACAAUUCUACGCCGCCAACAAGUGCAAGACCUUUGAACUGACAAUGGAUGUCCAGAUUGGCAGGGAACAAACUAUCUCCAAUCACAUCAUGGGAUCAUUGGACUCUCAAAUGGAAGCAUUGGUCGCUAACCUGAACCAGCUAUCACUCUUUGGCACACUCACGUCAUUCUCCAUUUUCAUUGAGGAUGAAUUCCAUGACCAGCGUGUCUUCCAACAUCCUGCACUCAAUGCCCUUCAACUGCCAUCACUACCAAAGUAA